GGGGUGAUGUCAUUCAGAGAAAAAAAAACUAAUUGCAUGUCUGCGUGUCGCGCAGCACCCCGCCGCGUGUAACCUCACACCUCCGCGAUGACCGCGUGCGCGUUACGCACGCGGUCAUCUUCUCUCCACCGUUGGACGAACGCCUCUCCAAAUCUGGUGCCCGACGCUAGGCUGUAUACAUUGGUGGUGGUGGUGGUGUACGCGCGCUUUUUGCCGGCUCGUGCAUCACAGUGUAAGGAGAUGGUUAGAGUUGUUAUUAUUUACCCCGGCAAGCGUUGCUGAGUCUCCAAAAAAAAAUCCAGGAGGGUUCUUGCUGUAUCGGUAUGUGCGACCAACUCAAUCGGUAAGCAGCGCUUUGUUUCUUGUGGGGGAGGAUGAUAACCGGGGUUGCUGUACCUGGAGAGAGAGAGAAAACACACACACACCACAACACACAUAGGAGAGGUGUCGCGUUCAGAGGUCCGCACAGAUGGAUUUUAAGAACAUUCCCGGGUGUCAUCACAGAGUUACAACCGCGUGCAUCAUGACGAGGAGGAGGAGAGAGAGAGGAGCCAGAGAAGAGUAGGAGGAGAGAGAGAUUACACAACAGGAGCCAGGCCAGUUUAAUGACAGAGUAACUGCCGUGUGUGUCUGUGUACUGCAUAGCAGCGGGGUUUAUUAUGGUGUUUGUGUGUGCUGCGAGUUGGCUGUGCACCUGUAAAGGUGAGCCGAGCCGCGCUGAAGAAGCAUUAGAUUAUAGUGCGUUGCACCUGUACAGGUGCCGUGCAUUCAUAACGCACUUAGAUAUGCACCGAAGACUCGGGACACACACGGGAACUAAUGCAGCCGCUUAGUUAAUGCGGUUUUUUUUAGGUUUCUUUUUUAGGCCUUUGCAAAACGUUCGAGCCGCCCCACGUGCUUGGGCGUGUGUUUGUAUUGGCUGUCCCAAUACAGGCAGAAUGAAUGGCAAACACAAACAUGGGACGGGGUAUGUAUGUAAUGGCAAGUUCCCCCCCCACCCACACACCCGCCCGGCUGUAAUUGGGGAAAUGCUGCACUGUGCAUACAACCAGCUGUUGCAUUUCCCCCCCGUUACGCAUGAGAACACAGUGCACACUGCGCUCCACCGCUAGGCUAAUGUGCAGCAAACACCACCACCAGUAAGCGAAGUUUGGGGGCGGGUGACAAUGUGGACUGGUUCCCCUCCUGCCCCAGGGUGCCGCUGGGCUCCUCCGGCCGGUCCCUCGGUGCUUGGGAUGGGAACGAAACGUUGCCCCUUGUAGCAGCAGCAGCAGCAGCCCGUUUGCCAAUCCACUUCCGAACGAGAUUCGACCGUACUUCACCGCGCUGGUCGGUGAAGAUUGGCCAACAAACAAAACCACCACGUUGGAUGUUGCCGCACCAUCAGCGACUGCCCCAUGCACAACGCCUGCUGCAUCUGUGCUAUGCUCAGUGGUCACGUGGGUCGUUGGCUUAACAGUAACUUCCCGGCUGUAAACUACUUCAGCAUUGGAACUGUGAAAGUAUGUAAUUUCAGCUUGAGUCUGGGUUAAUUAUAGUCAGUAGUAUUGUCAACGCUAGCGAUGGAGAUCGGCUUGGUUAAGAAUUUUGGCCAAACACGUGUGUGUGUGUAUUCAGUUUGUUGUCCUACCCCCGCACCUCUGAUUGGCACGGUUGGCUACGUACGGCGCGAAAGAAGUUGAACAUACAUACGUACAUUCAAUUCCCCCCCACCUCCCCAAAAAAAACGUUCGUAAAAAGUCACAGUAUCGGUCACGUGCCGAUGGAGCCAUUGUUUCUCUGACGGGCAUGUUCACAAUUCACUCAGUGCGUGCCGGCGCCUGGUGAACGCGGUGUUCCUGAACAUUCGGCGAUGAGUUUCCUUGCAAAAAAACACCACGCCCCCACCCCCAACCCAACCCAUCCCAUCUUGGCCAAGUUCCAUCAUUUUGACCGACUUUUGUCCUGCUCUUGUAGCGUUGAGGGAGGGCAUGGAUGGAGGCGGCAGGCGGAGUUUGGUUGCAAGGAGCUCUGUGUUACUCGUUUCAGGAGUUGAGACGUUGUUGGCCUGGCUUUUUUGUCUUCUUUUUCGGCAUCGUAGCCAAAGCGUAGGCUAAGCGGUGUUGAGUCAUCUUGUAUGUUUGUAAGAGGGAGGCUCCGUUGGAAUGUCACCAGCAUUUCCAGAGUUAGCAUCGCCCAUAUGAGGCACAUGGUUUUGGAUGGGGGGGGGGGGUAGGGUUUUAGUACGAAUGUGCUGAUGGUUAUUGUUAUUCAUUUGUUUAUCAUGUUAACACUUAAUGUCAUCAUUUCAAGGCAACUGCUUAACACAGAGUUUCACAAUAAUUAUGUUUUAAAGUUGAAACAUGGCAGAGAGAUUUGUCUGGAGAUGGAGCGAUACCUCCAAACGGAGCCGAGCGGUGGCGGUGACGGCCGUGGCGGCGGAGGGAGUGGCAGCAGCCAGCCCUGCCAGCGUCGCGAGCGCGAGCACAGCGAGGGCAAUCCCUGGCAACGGUUUCUCGCUGCCUGCUCCGAGCAAAGCGAAACGCCUACGGUGGCGGCGCCGACGAUCCUCGCUUGCCAGCCGGGUGGCAAUGCCGCCAGCCUGGUGCUCGCGCGCUCCGACUCGGUCGAGGACGCCGCCGAGCGGAGCUGCCAGAGCGUGAGCCCCACGGAGAGCGACGCGUCGUGGGAGAGCAUCAUCGGCGACGGAGUCUCCCUGCCCGGCUUGCCCCGCACACCGAGCGCCGAGCAGCUGAGCGACGCCGGAAGCCUCACGCCGCCGUCCUCUCCCGAACACUCGCCGUCCGAGGGGGUGCAAACCCCCGCGGAGGCAGGCGCGGACGUUGACCCGGCACGGACCGUCUCCCUCCACCACCAGCACCACCGCGUCGCCAAGGUGACGGUGGCGACGGUGGCCGAGGCGGUGGCGAUCACCGUCGCCAAGCCGUGCCGAGUCGGUGGGGAGGCCGAGGGGGGCUCGCUGGAGAUCAAGAAGAGGAUUCACCGCUGCCCCUUCAGCGGUUGCCGCAAGGUGUACACCAAGAGCUCGCACCUCAAGGCUCAUCAGCGUACGCACACAGGCGAGAAGCCGUACAAGUGCUCCUGGGAGGGCUGCGAGUGGCGCUUCGCGCGGAGCGACGAGCUGACUCGGCACUACCGCAAGCACACGGGGGCGAAGCCCUUCAAGUGCGCGCACUGCGACAGGUCAUUCUCAAGGUCUGAUCACCUGGCGCUGCACAUGAAGAGGCACCAAUGACGCCCGUUGGUUUGGCGCCAGCACCCUUUUUAUCGGUGGAUAUUUCCAUGGACUGAAAUAAAGCCAUAAUAGCAAUAAAAUAUUAAUACUGUAAUAAUAAUGAUGAUACAUUAAUUCAAAAAAUACACAAAAUAAAAAAAACAUUAAAUAAAAAAAACUUUAAAAAAAAUAUUUCAAGUAUGUGGAGCUCUUCUGGCACAACGGCUGUGUGUUGGCCUGUGUUGCUGCUGUCAUGGCUGUGGGACCUUGGCUGGCUAUACGCCCCUUUGUGUUCCUGCUUCUCCAUGACUUCACUGCAGUCACUUCCGAAUUCUCAACGCAGCCACCAGGCUUCCCUCUGCCCCGCCAUCUGCGCGCGCUGAACUUCCUGUUCGAAUUGUGACAUUCCAACAGAAAAGGGCGAUCCAAGCACCUGCCGAGAGCGAGGCGCCACUGCGUCUUAUGGGGACUUUCUGGGUCUUUAAGGAGCAUUUGCGUUUAAACAAGAUGCAUCGCCGCGACACGUUUUAUGUCAAUAUCACUUUUUGAGUUGCAGUUUUAAAAGUAAAAUCCGGACGGGUAAUGUAUUCCUAGGUUGAGGCGCAUCGGGCGUUUUGACAAGGCUGUUGGAUCGAGACAUUACAUUAAAUCCAUCGUAAGCAGCGGUAUGCGACGAGUUAAAAGCCGAUUCGUAGUAAAACGGUUGUCGCCACCACGUCCCUUUUUUUGUGGGUCCAGCCAACAGUGUCUGAUGCGGGAAGUCGAGCGAGCACCUGGAUCAUGGUGCGUAACUUGGGGCGUUUUGCUCGACAGCCUCGUUCUGGAUCGGGCAGCAACUGCCGAAGGGGAAAUACGAACCCGUAUAUUUGCGGCCACGUGCAACCGAUGACCCACCUCGGUUUUCGUCUUUCUUCAAAAAAGAUAACAGGGGCGGCGCGUGUAGCUUGUGCGGUCUGCUCCGGUUUGCGCCACAACCUGGCGGCAGGAGCCAGGUGCGUGGCACGGCGACAAGAUCCAAGAGGAAACGUGCGGUGCAACGUCGGCAUAUUUGACGGACAAUAAAUGUACCAAGCACGGCCACUUGAUGAACAUACGUAUGUGCCUUACACUAAAGGAAUCGCUGGAGCCAUGCGUCGCACUAGCAGCGUGCGCGCGUAUGUGCCUCUGUCCACUUUGUAAGUAAUGUUGGGUUUUUUUUUAUACAGUACUUAUAAAGACACGUUAAAAUGUAUGUAUCGUAAUAUAGCCGAUGCCCUUUUUGUACACUUGUAUUUAUUACCAAAGUUAAAAGUAUGUACCAUCGUAACCCUCGGCACAUCUCAUGCCUUAGUUAAGUGGAGUGGCAAAUAUCGAAUCGUUCUGAAACCUGGUUUGCUGAUUUGACUGUCGGUCACAAGACCCACGUAAAAUAUCUUUGCAAUGCAAAUGUUUAAAGGUAUUUCUUUGGCAACUAUGAGUUCAUAAUUUGAUUUUUAUUUUAAUAUUGUUUGAAAAGCAUGUUGAACAUGACGCACUAACUGAUACAAUUCUCUGUAUAGAGGAUGUGAAUUCUUGCCUUGAUAUUUUAGGAAUACAGGACUGUACAUUCCCACUCGAUAGAAAUGGCCACAAAUGGGUAUUUAUGAGUUCCAAAGUGGAAAGCAGCUAAAAUUAUUGCUAAAGAAAUAAUUUAUUUUUGUUUACUAUUUUUGUAAAUUUGUGUAAAUUUGUAGCUAAAUUACAAAAUGCAAUGGUUUAUUUGAAAUUUCUUAAAAAAAAACAAAUGGGUACAAAAUUCACACCAAGGAGGUUACCACCGUUAAAGUUCUAAUUCGAAUUUAAUAUUUCAACACAGGUCAUCCCUUCAUAUAUACACGAUUCCAGCCAGGUACAGCAGUAUGUCCACAGCAGUGGGGGGUACGUAGCUGCACGAGCCUUUAAAGUCCGCGGCCCUUAGGUCACAAGUUCUAGAGGCCUACAAUCAGGCUUUUUAAGCUCCUGUUCCUGCACCUUAUGCAAAGCAACAACUCCCAAAGACACUCUGCCAUAGCUGGUUAUAGCACUCUGUUUUGUAGAAAUUGUUAAACAAAAUAUAAAAAAAAUUAAAAAUAAAAAACAUGUAAGAUUAUGGCUUUGUAAGUCUUUUCGUCUUGAUCUUUGGUUACCAUUGUACAUGUCCUUUUACAAAAAAAUGGCUGUAUAUGAGGUUUUUUUUUUGCAAGACUGAUGAAUGUAAGCCUAUUUGUGUCAUUAAAGUAGGUGGCAUUUCACGAAA